UUUUUGUCUUUCACUUGCAGAUUAGAGAGGACAAUUUUUUCCUGCAACACUUACCAAUGCCUUCCUUGGCCCCGCCUCCAUGAAGUAUGCAUAAGGAUAAGUAUAUUGGAGUGUAUAUCUACAACGAGCGAGCAGAGAAGCAGCUUCGAACAAAUGUUGCCAGUCUAUCCAUGUUCCGCUGGCAAUCAUAACUUUUUUGUUAAUACGGGACUUUAUUGCUUCGAGCGUCUGCUCUUCUAGCUUUAAAGACUUGCUGUGAUUUUCCCACUGAAAUAAUUUUUGCGCAAAUCCGGUAUUUUUUCAGAGCUUCUCGCGCCUGAGCAUGCACACUUUCACGAGCGAUGUUGGGAUUCUCUUUAUAACGUGGAACAGAUGACUUUUUUUGCUCUUAAUUCUUUGGAGCGCACAACUAUCUGGCAAUUUGGUCCUGGACAAAAACGUAGCUGUGGAUGAGACUUGACAUAAUCUCGGAAAACAAACUGUUGAUAUCUUUCUCGCAUUGUGAGUUUUGUGAGAAGAGACAGCACAAAAUCUUCUGGGACAAGAACUUCGCAAUCCUGUGCCAUGCAACCGAUUCCUGGAUAAAAACUCACCGGUGGAAAUGCCCUGUAUUAUUUGGACCUCAAAGUGCAUACACCAGCAUUCCUUACAAAACGAAUGCCCGCAAGUGAGUGUGGCAAAUUUUUCCAAUGAUAACACGUCCACACAAACCGAGCAAGUUCCUGUUCUUGACCCUCUUAAUACAGAGCUACUGUUGGGUGCAUGAGAGGGUUUGAUUUUGGAGGUAAUAAGAAGACUGGAAGCGUCAUUACGUCUCUCAACUUCUUCAACACGCAGACACUCAUGUAUUGCAAAUUCUGGAUCUCUUCUGUUCGGAUCUGAGUCUCCAUCGUUAUCUGCCUCACUGCCCCAUGGUUGGGUAUUGUAAUAGUCCUCAUAACCAGGAUCCCCACAAUCGGAAUCCGUGUAGUCCAUUUCACUGUCAUAUUCUUCACCUGACAUCUGAGAAAAAUCAAUGUUCUUGAAAGUAACUGAGAGGAUCAUGGCAAAAUUUUUAAGCCUAAAGAGAAACACCAACUUUCAGCACCUCGUGUAAAGCCCCCCCAGUGGAACUGUGAAAGAGACAACUACGGUGCGCUGCUUGCGUUUCUUUGCAUCAUGUUGCAUAAAGUAAUCACACUUUCACGCACUCGAUGUUGUCGCGUGCGUUGACUGCAGAACAUUCUGAGUUAAAAUUGUUCGAAAAUCAGUAGAACAAGAAUGGCACAUACCAAAAACUUCUUUCUCACAAUAUCAGAAAGAGUUCUGAGCAAUUGGACAGCGUUGAAGUUAGCUGUCGAUCAUGGGAUGGGAAGCCGAGAGAAGGCUGAGGACUUUCCAUCAUACAUCACAGAGGUUUUGUACAUGAACGAAAAUCUGGACAGUGACGAUGUUGCUGCAGAGAUAGAAGAAUACAUGGAUGAAGCUUUUCAGACAGAAUUACAAGAUGACAGCGCAAUUGACGUUGCCAAAGAGCUCCUCAGGUUCUAUCAAUAUUGUUUAGCAGGGGAUGAAUCUACAGCAGUAAUAGAGUUAGCCAAGCUGCCCCCAUCACAGACAUGGAUUACUGGGAGAAAACCAGGUUCAGAUAGCCAAGGUCAGGGUCGUCAACAGGUUGUGACAACUGAACAAAAUAACAGUAUUGAAAACAUUGAAAAAAUGGAGGAAGACGACGGAUGGACGGAGGUGAAAACUAGGAAGCAGAAAUAAAC